AUGGGCGUCAAACAAAAACCAGUACAAACAACGUCAAAUAAUGGUUUAAAUCAAUCAUUAGACAGAGAUAAAGACCGUGAAAAGAAGAGACGUGCAGCAGAGACUAACGUUGGAAAAGAAUUUCAAACUAUUGAUUUUAAUUCAAUGGAUAUUUCAAUCCUUCGAAAGUAUGCUAGAGUUCAUAAGAUUAAGACAAAGCCAAAGACAAGCAAAGAAGAAUUAGCAGCUGCUGUUUCUCGUCAUUUUGCUAAUCAAACAGUCAAGGAACUUGAUACAAUCACUUGUUUCUUAUAUACCGCUCACUAUAAAGAUUCCGUAUUGAGACUUCCAUUACAUAUCUAA